AUGGAGAAGAGGGAAGGUGAUAAUCGUGUCAUUGAUCAGAAUGCAGGUCAGAGCAUCAUGCCGAGAAGAAAUACAGGAAACCUUAGCAACUUGAAUGUGGAUACACCAGUCACCAAUCCACCAGAAGCAGCUGCACUUUUUAAUUUACAUCAAGCACACCAUUUUGGUGAGUUUGAACACUCUUCAGAACAAGACUGCAAGCAGGAUCUGUUCCCCAAGUGGCACUUGCCAGUGAAGAUAGCAUCUGUGAUCUCAUUAUUAACAUUUAUUUACACUUCUCUGAGAGAUGUCAUAUAUCCUUUUAUAACCAGAAAGGAAAAUGUUUUCUAUAAAAUUCCAAUCCUUGUCAUAAACAAAGUUUUACCAGUGGUUUCAAUUACUCUUUUAGCACUGGUAUAUUUACCAGGAAUAUUAGCUGCUGGUUUCCAGCUGUACUUUGGCACCAAGUAUAAACGGUUUCCCCAGUGGCUGGACAGAUGGAUGUUAUCAAGAAAGCAAUUUGGACUUCUCAGUUUCUUCUUCGCUGCAAUGCACGCCUGCUAUAGCCUAUGCUAUCCAAUGAGAAGAUCAUACAGAUACAAGCUGCUGAACUGGGCAUUCCAGCAGGUCAAACAAAAAAAAGAAAAUGCCUGGAUCGAACACGAUGUUUGGAGAAUGGAGAUUUAUGUCUCUCUAGGAAUUCUGGGACUUGCUUUGCUAGCCUUGUUGGCAAUAACAUCAAUCCCAUCCGUCAGUCACUCUUUGACCUGGAGAGAGUUCCACUACAUUCAGAGCAAGAUGGGAUAUUUAGCUCUGCUGCUAUGCACUGUUCACGCACUGGUGUUUGCUUGGAAUAAGUGGGUUGAUGUUAACCAAUUUGUCUGGUAUACACCACCUUCAUUUAUGGUAGCAGUUUUUCUUCCUAUUGUAGUUCUGAUUGGUAAAUGCAUACUGUUCCUCCCGUGUUUUAGGAAGAGGAUAAAAAAGAUCAGAUGUGGUUGGGAAGCCAACACACAAACCAAUCAAAUCAGCAUGACUUCCAGACUGUAGAUCCAGUAUGGACAUUUCCUGUCUAUGUAUGUAAAUACGCUCAAGGCCAUGAAAUGUUCACUUGUGAGCUCUGUUUUCAUAUUUUCCAUAGGUGUUUCUUUUUCACUUUUCAUUUCGACUUCAGGAGUAUGGGAUACUUGAUACAAUUUAGACCUUCUCUAAGACAGAAAGUGGAAACAUUCAUUUUACACUUUGAUCUAUUCGGUGUCUAUUUGAUCAUUUCUUUUUUCUGACUCACUGCUUUUAAAAUCCAAGGGCUUCAUUGCCUCAAUAGUAAUUCUUUCAUAGGCAAAAGCAAUCAUAAAUCAUUGCUCCAGAUGGCCACAGAAAGUAAAUAAAUUAUUACACCACAGAACCCAGGAAUGCUUUCUGCUUCCCACUGCCAUGUUUGUUCCUUUGUUAAAACUCAGUAUUAUAAUGGGACAACAACUUGCGUAUUUAUCAUCCCACUCCCCCUUAUCGCCUGC